GGAUGGGAAGCAUUUGGAUGGGAAGGGCAGUCAGAAUUCAAUCGUCUGUCACCACACGCCAUGGCCGCCAUCGGCGAUGUCACCGUGGGCUUCCGCAAGGGCGCGAAUGGCCAGCUUCACAUGGGUCUCGAGAUCCAGCGAGGUAACGAGCGUGAGCUCAUCGCCAAGGCCGUUUUGGACCAGCUCUACGCGGCGCACCGCGACUUGCAGCCGCGUGUCGACGGCCUCUUCACGGCGCUCAUGCACAUGAACGGAGCGUUCGAGAAGCACGGGUACGACGGCUGGCGCAUCACUUCGACGGGCGAGGUCAUCUCGGACGUUGCCAGCGACCACACGGUUGUUGCGACGUUCAACGCAAAGCUGCAGGAUCUCAACGGGUUUAUCGUCCACCACAAGCAGCGGGCCCGGUCGACGAGUGCGCCACCGAGCCGCGAUCACCGCGGCUGGAUCUGCAAGCAAGGAAGCGUCGUGAAGAACUGGAAGCGCCGCUUCAUGGUGCUGCAGAGCUGUCACUUGCACUACUUUGAGACCGACAAGCUCACGCCGACGCUCAAGCCCAAAGGAUCUUUUCAGGUCCUGGUCAUUGAACGCGCGAGCGACCUCCAGCACGGUCUUGUUGCCAAAGGCCCUGGCAACCGCGUCUUCAAGUUCUACGCCGAUGACGCGCAAUCGUGCACGGCGUGGUUCACCGCCAUCGUGUCGCACCUUCGCAACCGGCCCACCGUCGCCCCGUCCGCGUCUGCGCCCAACCUCUCGUCUCCUGCGCGGUCACUCUCCGCGUCGUCAGCCUCUUCGUCGUCAUCUGUGCCAGCGCCACAACCGCCUCGCCGUGCGUCCGUGGCAGCGAUGCCGGCACCGCGCUCGGCUCCAUCUGCCACACCUGUCGUGCCCCAGAAACAAACGCCAGCAAGUACCCCUCCCGUUGUCAAGAGAUUGCCAAUCGCAGCUCCAGUCUCGCAGGCGGCUGUGAUCAAGCCACCCGUUGCGCCAAGCAAGCCUGCACCUUCUGCGUCGUCGCCGGUGAAGCACUUGGUACAUGCCCCGAGCGCGCCGUCGUUGGCAGCACCCAAGCAGGUCGACGUUGGAUCCGUGCUCGUCGCUCUUACCAAACAGCCGACGGGUGCCCUCUCGAUGAGCUUGAAGACGGCGGAGGGCGUCUCAUACCGCGUCGUCAUUGCGACCGAGCUUAACGCGAUUUACGCCCAGCACCCUCGCUUCAAGCCGCUUGUUGACGCCCUUUUCACGGCCAUGUCCCGCCUCAACGAACGCCUGCGCUCGCGCCAGUACAGCGGGUGGGCACUCACGAGCACGGGCACGGUCGAGUGCAGCUACUUCCCAGCGGAGGUGGCGGCUUUCAACGCGUCUCUGCAAAGCGUCAACCAGUACAUCGUCCGACAGAAACACGCCCACCUCGGCAGAGCGCCGUCGAGCGGCAGCAUUGCCGCGCCUCCACCGAACGCUACCAACAACAGCAGCAGCGUUGACAACGUGGCGCGCGCUGUGGCGGCGAACGUGCCCGUGGGCUUGGCUGCGAAUCUUGUCGGCGUCUUCGUGAGCGAAGAGCUGGGCAAAGCCAUCCACGCCGUGGCACCGGUGCUCGAGGCCGGCCAAGCUGCGCUCAAGGAUCAAGAGCGCCAAGAAGCGAAGCGAAGCGCACCAGCCGUUGCUGCGCCGCCCCGCCCCGCCGAAGUGCACACGGGCAUCAUGUGCGACGGAUGCAAAGUGUCGCCAAUCACGGGGCCGCGGUUCCAAUCGACCAAGUAUGCCACCAUUGACGUCUGCGGUCGCUGUGUGCAGUCGCCGGCCGUGCAAAAUACGUGGGGUCCGUUCCAACAGAUGCGCCAAACGGCCGUGCACCCAAACGUUGCGUGCGACGGCUGCGGCGCCAACCCGAUCGCUGGCACGCGCUUCAUCUCGAAGAAGACGCCCAACUUUGACUGCUGCGAGCGCUGCGUCGGACGCCUCCACACUUUGCACGGCCCCUUUGACGCCGUCGCCCGGCCCCGUGUUCUGAAAACGCACACCAACAUUACUUGCGACGGCUGCCGUGUGGGCCCGAUCCGCGGUGCCCGAUUCGCUUCGACGCGCGUCGCCAACUUUGAUUUGUGCCACAUGUGCACUCGGAGCCGGCGCUUUGAGGCGUCGUACGGCCCGUUCAGGCGCGUGGGCAACCACGACAAGAAGAACGAGCGCGGCGAGACAGUGACGAUCGAGUUCCAGAUCAACAACGGUCCGACGAGUGGCACGCCCGAGUACAACCACCAUGAUGACGACUAUGACGACGACGAAGGCAUGUAUGAGCUGGACGACGGCACGUUUCCCGGCGACGAUGGGUCGAAUGUCGCUGGCGGCGAUGUGUUUGCUGGCGGCGAUGUGUUCGCUGGCGAAAGUGGUGACAGCAGUGGAGCGUUUGGUUUUGAGAAUGCAAUGGGCGAUGCUGGUGGUGUGAGCUCGAUGUUCAGCCAAAUGGGCCUCGACAACAGCUCGGUCGAUGUCAGCUCGUGGUUCGACGUGAGCAGCAUCUCGUACGAUUUCUAAAGCUAAAUGCAGCUGCAUAUCGUUUGCCG